CACCCUUCUCCCUUCCCCCAAGCCCGAGGGGUCUUGAGGUGACAGCGCCAACAACUGCGAGUCCAGCACCUGGAGAAGAUGGACAGGAGGAAGGCCGGGCGACGGCGAUCCUCCUUCGAAAUUGUCACAGAAGGAAAAAGGAAGAAGUCCUCUUCCUCUGACUUACAAGAGUGGAAAAGAAGCCCAAGAAAUAAAGUCCUCUCUCUAGAUCAUAAGAGUAAAAAAGCUGUCCACGAGUGUCCUGUCACUUUGAAGGCAUCACCAGAAAGGCAACUCAAAGUUAUGUUGACGAAUGUCCUAUUGACGGAUUUAGGACGAAAAUUCAGAAAGACCCUACCUAGAAAUGGUGCUAAUUUGUGCGAUGUCUACGAGGUGCAAUCAGACUCAUUGCCUUCGACAUCUGUUGACAGCAUAGAGACAUGUCAAAAGUUAGAACCUCUCCACCAAAGCCUUAAUUUAUCUGAAAGGAUACCCAGAAUUAUGUUGACAAAUGUGCUGACAACGGAGUUAGGAAGAAAAUACAUAAAGAUCCCACCUGUAACUGAGGCCAGUUGGUGUGAUGCAGACAACUUUCAAACGCAGCAGCUUUCUUCAUCAUCUGAUGACAACAUACGCUGUUUUCAAAAUCUAAAUCCUUCCAAGAACUCUUAUUUAUCUGAAAGGGGUUUGGAACCAUGUAAGACAGUAGAUAAAAUUUCUGUAAAACAGUCUGUGCACACUAAAGAAGAGUGGAGAGAUGAAGAUGGCAUUUCUCUAGUAAUGUCUGAUACUCAGCUUAAAGACUUUAACAGUGCCUGUAGAGGCUGUGAUUGUCUUGAAGAGGGAAGCAAAAACAAGGAUGUUAUAUAUUCUGAUUCAAAAAUGGAACCCACUGUGAUUUCCAGGAAGAGAAAGAAAAGACUUAGAAGUCAUCUUUCUGAUUCUCAAAAUUCUUCUACUUCUUCAGCUAAGUCAGCAGAGCACUCAAAAGAACAAGAAAAUGACUCAACAGUAUCCACAGAGUUGGGCACGUCAAAUGAAAGCUAUCAUCAGGACCAAAAACUGUUUGAAGAUAUUGCACCUGAACCUACAGAAAAUGAUUUUACUAAACUUUCUGCACUGAAUGGUCAGGAAUUAUCUUUGAGUGAUGUUCCCCUACCUGCUUCUGCCAGUUCAAUCUCUGAAUCUUCUGAGAACUCUAUUUCCAAUGAUUCCGUGGGGAUUUCUUCCCUCAUUGAGAAGGCUGAGAAUGAGUUAAAUACAACAGAAAAGUCUACUCCAAGUGAUCACAGUGAUGGAAACCAGUCAUUGAAUUCAGCUGAACCAAUUGUUGUUUCCAGUGAUGAAGAAGGACCCACUGAACACAGCAAUUCUGCAAUUCUUAAAUUGCAACCUAGUCAAGAGCAUGGAAUCACUAAUGAAAGUAAAAGGGCUUCUGAAUCAACAUUAUCAGAACUACCAUUGGCCACAUGUGAAACGGUACAGACAUCAUCUGAAUUAUGUCCAUACAAUCUGGUCAUGGAAACUACUUCCUGUAAUGAGAUGACUUUACAACUGGAUUUUAUAUUUACUUCCAUAUAUAUUGGUAAAAUAAAAGGAGCUGCUAAAGGUUGUGUUACUUUUACAAGAAAGUAUGUUAAGAUCCCAUUUCAAGUGUCCCUCAAUGAGGUUUCAUUGCUACUGGAUACUGCACAUUUAAAGAGGUUUGGGUUGUGGAAAAGUAAAGAGGAUGAUCACAGUAAAAGGAGCUAUGCUAUCCUUUUCCUUUGGGUUUCUUCAGAUUACCUUCAAGAGAUUCAGAUCCAAUUAGAAAAUUCUGUAUUAAGCCAGCAAUCAAAAUCCAGUGAAUUCAUUUUCCUUGAGAUACACAAUCCUAUUUCACAAAAAGAAGAAUCAAAAUUGAAAGAGAUUAUGACAGAAAUUAGUACAACGAAUGGAUUAGUAGAGCUUUCUUAUCCAUUGUCUUGGGUUCAGGCACUUCCUUUGUUUCAGAAUCUCUCUUCAAAAGAAAGUUCUUUUAUUCAUUAUUAUUGUACUUCAACCUGUUCUGUAUCAGUUGCUGCUGCUGAAGCAAUGAAGAUGAAGUCAGUACCCCAGUCCACAAAUAUGGAUGCUGCCAAACCUACCUAUACCGUCCUGCACAAGCAAAGUAGUGGUUGCUACUCACUUUCUAUCACAUCUAAUCCAGAUGAAGAAUGGCGAGAAGUCAGACCAACUGGACCCGUUCAGAAGUUGAUUGUGUAUCCUCCACCACCUACCAAGGGGGGAUUAGGAGUAACUAGUGAAGAUCUGGAGUGUUUGGAAGAAGGAGAGUUUCUUAAUGAUGUAAUCAUUGACUUUUACCUUAAGUAUCUUAUAAUGGAGAAAGCAUCAGAUGAACUUGUUGAACGAAGUCAUAUCUUUAGUAGCUUUUUCUAUAAAUGCUUGACAAGAAAGGAAAAUAGUUUAACAGAAGAUAAUCCAAAUCUUUCAAUGGCACAGAGAAGACACAAAAGAGUAAGAACAUGGACCCGUCAUAUAAAUAUUUUUAAUAAAGAUUAUAUCUUUGUACCUGUAAAUGAAUCGUCUCACUGGUAUCUUGCAGUCAUUUGUUUUCCAUGGUUAGAAGAAGCUGUGUAUGAAGAUUAUCCACAAACUGAUUCCCAGCAGGCCCAGGCUCAGCAAUCCCAAUGUGACAACAAAGCAGUAGAUAAUGAUCAGCAUUCAACAUUGGCACUACCGCCGAGCACAGAGGAUUCUCAUACCACCAAGAUGAAUAUGUUAGUACCUAAGAAAAGGUGUAAAAGGCCAUGUAUUCUCAUACUAGACUCCUUGAAAGCUGCUUCUAUACAAAACACAGUUCAGAAUUUACGGGAGUAUUUAGAAGUAGAGUGGGAAGUUAAGCGAAAAACUCAUCGUGAAUUCAGUAAAACAAGUAUGAUGGACCUAUGCCCUAAAGUUCCUAAACAGGAUAAUAGUAGUGACUGUGGAGUGUAUUUGCUGCAAUAUGUGGAAAGCUUUUUUAAGGAUCCUAUUGUUAACUUUGAAAUUCCAAUUCAUUUGGAGAAAUGGUUUCCUCGUCAUGUUAUAAAGACCAAACGAGAAGAUAUUCGAGAACUCAUUUUGAAACUUCAUUUACAGCAACAGAAGGGCAGCAGUAGCUAGUUAAUCUGUGAAAACAUGACACAUGUUCUCUAAGAUUACCGGAAAGCUGCUUACCAGCAUUUGUGUUAGCCAGCUCACAGAGAAGUAAAUAACUUGCAGUAGUUUUAUAAGUCAUUGCACAUUAUUUAAAAUAUAUGUUAUUAGAAUUGUUGGGAAUUCAGAGUGUGAAUGGGGGUUGAUAUAGAUAAGCGCAUUAGAUAGAAAUUAAAAUUUCAUAGAUGUUUGAUAUUUUUUGAGUAUACAUGCUUGGAUUAUGCAAUAGUAUAUGGCAUAUGUAAUGUGGGAAUUUUUUGUAGCUAAUGAAACUAUGUGAUCUGUACUUCCACAUGACUGGAUAUUGAAGGGAGAUAGCUCUUUCCUGGUGCCAGCCCCAGUGCUUGUCAGAUUUGUUGACAAGUCACAUCAUACUGUAAUUCUAUUCUUUGCAGCUCAAGCAUGCAGUAUGAAUACUGUGUAUUUUUUUUUUUAAAGAAAUUUUAGUAUCAAGAUUUCAGAAAAUGCCAUUUACGGCAUCCCUUUUGUAUAGUGUAAAAAGUACAUUCAUAAUGUUAAGAAGAUGAUAAAAAGUCACUCUUUCAAAGCGCAGCUUAUUAGUCUCAAUUGUUAGAUGCAAUUACUCUAUUCUAAUUUUUCCUAUCCAUUUCUCUUGAUGUUAUGUGUAGGAAUCUGAGUUUAGUUCAGUUUUUCAGAGUGAAAAUUAGAACAAAAAAUUAAACUGUCAGAUUUUUUUAAGACUUAUUUAUUUUUAUUGGAAAAGCAUAUCCACAGAGAAGGAG